AUGGACACAUCAAUUAACACACUAGACUCAUGCAAGCCCGCCAGCAACGACGUGGGGUCUCUCUCCGGCAACGGCACCGUUUCCACGAUUGAGUCCCACAUUCCGGCGGUGGUCGCAGCCCCCGACGCCACCCUCGGCCGCCACAUUGCACGGCGGUUUGUCGAAAUCGGAAUCGAGGAUGUAUUCUCCGUUCCUGGUGAUUUCAAUCUCACCCUCCUUGAUCACCUCAUUGCUGAGCCAGGGCUUAACAAUAUUGGUUGCUGCAAUGAGCUCAACGCCGGUUAUGCUGCUGAUGGAUAUGCACGUGCUCGAGGAGUCGGCGCGUGCGUUGUCACGUUUACUGUUGGUGGUUUGAGUUUGCUCAACGCCGUUGCCGGUGCUUACAGUGAGAAUCUGCCGGUCAUUUGUAUUGUCGGAGGGCCUAAUACUAAUGAUUAUGGGACUAACAGAAUUUUACAUCAUACAAUUGGAUUGCCUGAUUUCAGUCAGGAAUUUAGGUGCUUUCAAACCGUAACGUGUUAUCAGGCUCUUGUGAAUAACUUGGAUGAUGCACAUGAACAAAUUGACACAGCCAUUUCUACAGCACUAAAGGAAAGCAAGCCAGUGUACUUAAGCAUCAGUUGCAAUUUGCCGGGAAUCCCUCAUCCCACUUUUGCCAGAGAGCCCAUCCCAUUUUCCCUCUCACCAAGAUUAAGCAAUAAGAGGGGGCUCGAGGCAGCAGUAGAUGCAGCAGCAGCCUUCCUGAACAAAGCGGUGAAGCCAGUGAUCAUUGGGGGGCCAAAACUGCGGGUUGCAAAGGCGUGUCAAGCAUUUGUUGAACUGGUUGACGCAUGUGGAUAUGCAAUGGCAGUGAUGCCUUCGGCCAAAGGGCUCGUCCCCGAGCAGCACUCUCAUUUCAUUGGCACUUAUUGGGGUUCAGUAGGAACUGCAUUCUGUGGUGAAAUUGUGGAAUCUGCUGAUGCGUAUUUGUUUGCUGGACCAAUCUUUAAUGACUACAGCUCUGUUGGAUACUCCCUCUUACUCAAGAAGGAGAAGGCGAUAAUUGUGCAGCCCGACCGUGUUGUUAUAUGUCAUGGCCCAACUUAUGGUUGCGUGUUAAUGAAAGAUUUCCUUCGCGAAUUGGCAAAGAAGCUUAAGCGUAACACGACUGCUUAUGAAAAUUAUAAGCGUAUUUACAUUCCGGAUGGACUUCCUCUCAAGAGUGAGCCUAAUGAGCCUCUGAGAGUGAAUGUUUUGUUCCAGCAUAUACAGAAAAUGCUGUCUAGUGAAACCGCUGUCAUUGCUGAGACGGGGGAUUCUUGGUUCAACUGCCAGAAGCUAAAAUUGCCAGAAGGAUGCGGGUAUGAAUUUCAAAUGCAGUAUGGAUCGAUUGGAUGGUCCGUUGGUGCUACACUAGGCUAUGCCCAAUCUGUACCCCAACAACGGGUGAUUUCUUGCAUCGGUGAUGGAAGCUUUCAGGUGACUGCACAAGAUGUGUCGACAAUGAUUCGGUGUGGCCAAAAGAGCAUAAUUUUCUUGAUCAACAAUGGUGGAUACACCAUAGAAGUUGAAAUCCAUGACGGGCCAUACAAUGUGAUCAAGAACUGGAACUACACUGCAUUAGUUGAUGCUAUUUGCAAUGGGGAAGGCAACUGCUGGACCACAAAGGUACGAUGCGAGGAGGAGUUGAUGGAAGCUAUUGAAACGGCAAUAGGAGAGAAGAAAGAUUGUUUAUGCUUUAUAGAAGUGUUUGCUCAUAAGGAUGAUACCAGCAAAGAGCUUCUUGAGUGGGGAUCUAGAGUUUCUUCAGCUAAUAGCCGUCCUCCUAAUCCACAGUGA